UGCAUGCCUGGGCUUACACAGCUGAAUGCUUGGAAAAGGCAAUGUCUACCGUAAGGCAGCGAAAACAAAAGAUCCGUACAGUUGCGCAAGCUUUUGGCAUUCCAAAAAGCACUUUGCACGACCGGCUAAAGAAGCCAUCAACAUCUGUUAACCUGAAAAAAGCAACCACGCCUCCUGACCCCUGAAGAAGAGUCUGCCUUGGUUAACUUUAUUCAGUAUAUGGCAGGACAUGGCAUCCCGAUGACGCGAACAAUGAGCAGGUGUUAUAUCCGUGAAGUAAUCCGCAAGUCAGGCCGUGAUACCACAGUUAACCAAGAUUCCGGACCUUCUGACAAAUGGUUUCGUGGACUGAUGAAACGCCAUCCAGAACUUUCUGAGAGCACACCUGAAAAUAUGGGCAAGUCUAGAACCAGGAUGUCCUCACAGAAAACAAGGGAUGUGUUGUUUCAAGUUUUGGAUAGGGUAUUGGAGGAAAAUGGUAUAAAGAACAAAAAGUCUCAGAUAUUCAAUGUUGAUGGAGUCGGAUUCUCUGGUAACGAGAGACAGCGGUCCAAGGUGAUCGGACCAAGUCAAGGACACGUGUUUACCAGCAAAACAAUAACUAAUGAUCAUGUAACCGUAAACAUGUGCAUCUGUGGAGACGGUAAGACACUUCCGUCGAUGUAAAUUUACAAAGUAAGUUGAUCUCCUUCCUCUUUCUUUUUUAACCUGAUAUAGUCAACCGCCUUCUCUCAGGAACGAUGUUUAGGUAAACUGUCCGUUUGAAAAACCUGGUACAAAUCGUAGAAACAAACACACAAACAACCGCUUUCAUGGUCCGGUGGUUAAAGUCAAUUUCUGAAUUUGUAAUAUUUUUUUAACCUCUGGUUUCGGCGGUAUUUGGCCUUUUUGUGUCUGUUCGCCGUAAAAUCAAACUCACUCACUCUGUUUGAUUGAGACACAUGGGCCAGAUCCCUGCUACCUGCCAUCCUUCUUGUACUUGACAACCAUGACUCACACGUGACCCUCCCUCUUGUAGAAGCGGCGCGGGAAAAUGGAGUUGUACUUCUUGGGAUGCCUGCACAUACAAAAUCUGGAAAAUUGUCAGUAUAAUGUGACAGGGUGGGGUAUCAUGCCACGUGUCUACGGCGUGAUAUUCCAGUGAGGCACUAUAAAGCUGAGCAUUGUGCUCACUGCUACAAGUAGACACCGUCGUUUAUAUGACUGAAAAAAAAAAUGUUGAAAAAGACGUUAAACCCGAACACACACACUAUUUCAUUUUUAAGGUGUUUGGCCCACUGAAGCGUAGAUUUAGUUCUCUUGCAGUGAAACUUGGAUUUGCCAAGUGAACCUUAAUCUAACAAUCGGAAAAUCAAAAUUCCCUGUUGUACGUCGGCAUGCAAUUGAUCAGACGACAGCAUCAGCUGUGCGGGAAGGAUCUGCAGCAACUGGAACUACACCGUACAACCCAGCCGCCAUCGACAAAAGUCAGCUCAUCCCGCCUACUUUCACCCAAAGAAAUGAGGAAAGCACGUAUCAAAUAUCAAAGGAAAUAUGC